AUGCAAGUGACUAUUGCCUACAAUCAUUUUGGAGAAGGUCUUAUUCAAAGAAUGCCAAGAUGUAGACAUGGGUAUUUCCAUGUGGUGAACAAUGACUAUACCCAUUGGGAGAUGUAUGCUAUCGGUGGAAGUGCCGGCCCUACCAUCAAUAGCCAAGGCAAUAGAUUCAUGGCCCCUGCAAAUCCUUUUGCAAAGGAGGUUACGAAAAGGGUGGAAACAGACCCAAGACAUUGGCACGGAUGGAACUGGAGAUCGGAGGGUGACCUACUUCUUAACGGCGCUUAUUUCGUCCCAUCCGGCGCCGGAGCCUCCGCAAGCUACGCCCGGGCGUCAAGUUUGGGUGCCAAGUCAUCUUCCAUGGUCGCAACCAUCACCUCCGGUGCCGGAGCUCUUAAUUGCCGCAGAGGCGGCCAGUGUUAAUAGGCAAUCUCAGCCGUCGAUCCAUUUGGUAAUUAAAGACCCAUUUUCUUUUUUCCCAUUGUUUCUACUGUCAAAUAUAUUUAUACGUAUAGAUUCCGUAUCCACAUAUGCUUCCAUAUAUAUAUUUAUGAACAUUUUAUACAAUGUUUUUUUGGAUAAUUUCUUUCAUCCCACUGUCGUCUCCACAACAAGGUCGACUAAGCUUCAUUGAACAGAAAGUAUAAAUUCUCCGAUUGUUGCUUUUUAGGAGCAAGGCGCGAUCGAUGCCUUUUGAUUUUUUUUUGACAUUGUGAUCGAAUGAUCCACUGUUUUUAUGAUUAUCGUGUU